AUGAACUCUCUAUCCCAUUUACUCAACAAGGCCGCUGCAGAUUUCAAGAUCAACUACCACCAUCAAUACAACAAUGCCAAAUUAACACAUCUCAGCUUCGCUGAUGACCUUCUGAUCUUCAUUGAUGGGUCUCUUUCAUCUCUCCAGGCGAUCUUUCAAGUGCUAAAGGAGUUUGAAAACCGGUCAGGUCUUGCUGUGAGUAUGCAGAAAUCCUCAUUCUUUGCAUCGGGUCUGACUCAGGCUGAAAUUGACACUAUCCAAGCUUCUACGAGUAUGCCCAUUGCCACUCUUCCUGUAAGAUAUCUCAGCGUGCCCCUGAACUCCUCAAAGCCAUCUCUUACAAACUGUGAAGGCAUGAUCCAGCAGAUUAAAGCUAGACUGUCUUCUUGGAGUGCAAAAUUGCUAUCGUUUGCAGGCAGACUCCUCUUGAUCAAAACUGUGAUUGCAUGGAUAAACACAUUCUGGUGCUCCUCUUUUAUUCUCCCCAAAAGUGUGAUAAAAAGAGUAAACUCUCUCUGUGGAGUGUUUCUGUGGAAAGGAGACAUUGAGAGCCACCACUCUGCUCGGGUGGUGUGGGAAGAUGUCGUCAAAGAGAAGAAGAAUGGUGGUUUGGGGAUAAAAGACCUUCUUGUCUGGAACAAGGCAUGCAUACUAAGACUUAUUUGGCUAUUGUUUUUUCAAGCAGGUUUAGUACGGGUCACAUGGUUCAAAUCAACUGUCCUAGACGAUAACCUAAGCAACUUUUGGACUAUCAAACCUAGCCAUAAAUUCUCCUGGUUAACUAACAAUAUAAUCAAGAUGAGGGAUACAAUGUUUACCUGGAUCCAGCUGAAGAUAGGUGAUGGAAGGAGCUGCAGAUUCUGGACUGGUAACUGGUUCCCGAUGGGACGAGUUACUGACUUCAUGCUACAGGGGAGGAACACACGCCUAGGUAUCAGGAAGGACGCUACACUAGCAAGCUUGUGUAGGGAGGGUCAAUGGCUUAUUCCUCAGGCUCGCUCUGAGAAUCAAGUUGCGGUUCUGGCAUUCCUAAUGAGUAUCAGUUUUACAGAAGAAGAAGACACCUAUGAGUGGGUGAUAGACGGUAAAUCAUAA